UCCAGAAGUUUUUGCAGUCCUCUGUAGGGAGAGCAAAGGUGACGACAACGCCAGGACGAGACCACACUGUUGUCAACGCGCCGGCUCUAAUCGAUGACCACGGCUUCACCAAAUCACUUCAGAUAAAGAGACUGCAGAGGAGCACUUCUACUUGCCAAUGUUUCGUGGGCAGGAUCGUUGCGUUUUGCCGACACGACAGCAAAGGCAAACGCCAACUCUUUAAUGGGACCCCGGAUGCCAUUUCUAUCCAUUCUUGCCAGAAUCUUACGAUAUACAGCCAUGCCACAAUGGUUAUAAUUCAGCUCCUGUUGUUGCUGAGUUUCUUGGACCAAAGCAAGCAGGAUUAUCUGUCUCCGAGGCUUGCUAGGACUUCAGGGGCGCCUUGUGCCAUUGGCCAGGCGUGUGACCCAAGGCAGAGGAGAGAUGCUGGGGGACGCGGUGGAGUCUACGAGCACCUCGGAGGAGCACCAAGAUGCAGAAAACUUUACUGUGCAACUAAAUAUCAUUUGCAAAUACAUCCAAGCGGGAAAAUAGACGGUUCUCUUGAGGAAAACAACCAGUUAAGCAUCAUGGAGAUCACAGCAGUUGAUGUUGGAGUGGUAGCGAUAAAGGGGAUAUUUUCCGGGAGAUAUCUGGCCAUGAAUGAUAAAGGACGUCUAUACGCCUCGGAUGUGUUCAACCAGGAGUGUGAGUUCCUGGAGCGGAUUCAUGAGCUGGGCUACAACACCUAUGCUUCAAGACACCACUCCACCCUGCAGCCCCCUGCAGGGGGUGGCAGUGGCAAACGACGAGCCAGUGCCAAGAGGCAGUGGUAUGUGUCCAUCAAUGGGAAAGGCCGGCCAAGGAGGGGCUUUAAGACACGCAGCACUGACAAAGCCUCCCUUUUCCUGCCUCGAGUGCUAGGCAAUAAGGACCAUGAGAUGGUGCGAAAGCUCCGUGACAGCCAGAGGCACCCAGCUGGACAGCAGAGUCCCCCUAUGGGCCGGGCUGAGCACCGGAGACGGAGACACCGGGUCAGGGGAAGAAAGGGUAGAACCAAGAGGCCUGGUGACUGACUGACACUAGCCACUGCCCGAGAGCAGUAGGCCCCAUUUCUCCGCUAAGGAACACCAGUUCACGGCACAUGAAACUGACCAAAAAUGAACUUACUGAAAUAUCUGCCUUAGAUACUUGGAUCAGCCAGUGGCAGCACAACUAUACUUUGUUGUACAAGCUCCCUCCAAAAUCCUUGCUUGGCAUACAUGCAACUCGAACCAUCCCCUACAACUAUUGCAAUACCAACACAAGAUUUGCCUGGGAAUUCGAGUUAGGCACAUAUAUCUGAAGUUAGAGCUACCAAUACACAAGUAUGAAAGGAUGUUACGUUUUGUCUUUGUUUUGUACAUACACUUGUGAAUGCAACUAAAGUCAAUACAGCUGGAUAUCUUCCAACUGUUGUAUUACCUGGAAAAAGUUGUUUUUGUGUUCUUGUGGAACUUUUUAAAGAUCAUAAAUAAUGUAUGUUUAUAUGUGUACAGUUAUUUUUUAAUAUCAGUUUCAUUUAUCAUCAGCUUUAAUGUGGGAAAAUGAGUGCGUGUAAGAACUGGACAUCAUUCAAGUGCUUACAGAUACCAAGGUGGUGGUAUGCUCCAUCAUUCUAGUGCUUACAGAUACCAAGGAGGUGGUAUGCUCCAUCAUUCAAGUGCUUACAGAUACCAAGGUUGUGGUGUGCUCCAUCAUUCUAGUGCUUACAGAUACCAAGGUUGUGGUGUGCUCCAUCAUUCUAGUGCUUACAGAUACCAAGGAGGUGGUAUGCUCCAUCAUUCUAGUGCUUACAGAUACCAAGGUGGUGGUGUGCUCCAUCAUUCUAGUGCUUACAGAUACCAAGGAGGUGGUAUGCUCCAUCAUUCUAGUGCUUACAGAUACCAAGGUGGUGGUAUGCUCCAUCAUUCAAGUGGUUACAGAUACCAAGAAGGUGGUAUGCUCCAUCAUUCAAGUGCUUACAGAUACCAAGGAGGUGGUAUGCUCCAUCAUUCAAGUGCUUACAGAUACCAAGGUUGUGGUGUGCUCCAUCAUUCUAGUGCUUACAGAUACCAAUGAGGUGGUAUGCUCCAUCAUUCAAGUGCUUACAGAUACCAAUGAGGUGGUAUGCUCCAUCAUUCAAGUGCUUACAGAUACCAAUGAGGUGAUAUGCUCCAUAAUUCAAGUGCUUACAGAUACCAAGGAGGUGGUAUGCUCCAUCAUUCAAGUGCUUACAGAUACCAAGGAGGUGGUAUGCUCCAUCAUUCUAGUGCUUACAGAUACCAAGGUGGUGGUGUGCUCCAUCAUUCUAGUGCUUACAGAUACCAAUGAGGUGGUAUGCUCCAUCAUUCAAGUGCUUACAGAUACCAAGGAGGUGGUAUGCUCCAUCAUUCAAGUGCUUACAGAUACCAAGGAGGUGGUAUGCUCCAUCAUUCAAGUGCUUACAGAUACCAAGGUGGUGGUGUGCUCCAUCAUUCUAGUGCUUACAGAUACCAAUGAGGUGGUAUGCUCCAUCAUUCAAGUGCUUACAGAUACCAAUGAGGUGGUAUGCUCCAUCAUUCAAGUGCUUACAGAUACCAAGGAGGUGGUGUGCUCCAUCAUUCUAGUGCUUACAGAUACCAAGGAGGUGGUGUGCUCCAUCAUUCUAGUGCUUACAGAUACCAAGGAGGUGGUAUGCUCCAUCAUUCUAGUGCUUACAGAUACCAAGGAGGUGGUAUGCUCAAUCAUUCUAGUGCUUACAGAUACCAAGGAGGUGGUGUGCUCCAUCAUUCUAGUGCUUACAGAUACCAAGGAGGUGGUAUGCUCCAUCAUUCUAGUGCUUACAGAUACCAAGGAGGUGGUAUGCUCAAUCAUUCUAGUGCUUACAGAUACCAAGGAGGUGGUAUGCUCCACAGAAAUAGAAAUACAGCAAAGCACUUUUUCAUACGAACAUAAAAAGAAAACAAGUAAAAACAAACAUGGGAACACAUUUAUUUUGAAAUGUACUUAUGAUGUGAUAGUCUACUGUCUGUAAACUGCGAGAAGUACUUUGUAUAUUACUAAUGAUAUGAAUAUUUAUUUGGUACCUGUGUUUAAGUUAUUGAUGAGAUUGUUUCUACAUUUACCAAUGUUAUAAUUUGUAAAAACUUUGUUGUAACCAACCAGGCGUGCCCCUCACUCAAACAAUAGAUAUUGUCAAAACAAAAUGGUCGAUCUGACUUGUCAAACAUUACCAUGUUUUGUUAAUUGGUGUAACUAGCUAGUACAACUGAACAGACAAACUACAUCAAAUGUACUUACCGAAUCCUCUGUCAAAUUUUUUGGGCAUGAGACCACUCAGCAGACUCAGUCUUGUCCUGCCCAUGACCAUGUUUUGCACUUCACCCCAGGUUGGGUUCAUCUCUGUCAGUCCUGACCUCACUGUUCCUACACCAGGUAGAACCUAGCUUUGGCCUUCCACGUUACUCAUAGAUUUCUGUUCUGUUCAGAGCAUGGGGGAUACAGCUUUGUUCCACUCCAUGUUAACACAAAUAUGUAAUUGUCAUGAUUUCUCUCACCACCAAUCAAUUAUUUUACGGUGAAUGUUGAGUCAUGAGGCUAGUGAACACUGUAACAUGUAAACAAUAAACUAUUAAGUAUUUGGA